ACAAAUCGUUUGAAAAUUCACACGUUUGAGGCAUGUUCAGAAUUUUCUAACAUUUUGCGCAAUUGAUGGUUGCAAGCAAAUAUUUCAGCAGUUCACUGUUUGAUUUCUAUGAAAAUACGCAUAAAGUAACAAUAAUUUCGCCUGUUUUCCUGUUUUUAUCAAGAGUAUAGAAAAUACUCUAAUAUUUUUCUAUUGUGCAUUUUUGUAUAUUUUUUACAUUUAGAUAUAUUAAAUUAUCAUAGAAAAUGUCUUUAGUCUAUGAUCUUAUCGAAGCCAAAUUGAUAGUGCAAAAUAGUCAACUUUCCAACGAAGAAAAGUUUUUUCUGCAUUCUUUUUUUGAAAAAGUUGAGUGUUUGCUCGAGAAUUCAAACUAUAAAGAAGAAAUCGCAGUGGAUUCUACAGCUGCCGACAAGAAAUAGUUACGGAAAUCUGAGAUUUUUAUCCAUGUUGCAUUGAACUUUCGCUGAUGUCACAUUCAUCGUCUAGGAUCGAUUAUUUUCCAGAUAAAAAAGAAUCGAGAUUAUGUGUGUAGUUUAUCAGAUAAUUAGUUGUACUCUACUUCAUUUUGACUUAAUACGAACUAAAAUUGUAAAAUGGACACAAGAACAAUUGUAGAACCAAAUUCAGACAAAAAAUAACAAAUUAGAUUAAAAGAUGCUUAAUUCAACUUUUGGGUCGUUUCCGUUUAUGUCUUUCGCUGUUUAAGCGCCAUUUGAAAACUCUUUGUUUAUUCAAACUAAUUCAAUUGUAUAGAUGAACAGAUUUUAUAUAAACAAAAUCAUUGUUCUUUUUUGACUUUUUUUGCCAAAAGCGCCAUUAUAUCCAACAUUUAAUGAUUUAAAGCCUUAAUUCGUGUAUUUAGUCAUUAAUUGUUUUCUAAUAAUGACAAUCAAAUGAAGAUGAAAGUCUGAGUUGACCUGUUGCCUUAGAUUAUUUACAAUUCAGAAAAGAGUAGAAAAGGGAAUAAAAACUUGAAUAAGUAACGAGUUGAUGAGUAAAUUGCUGUCAUUUUAUCAAAACACCUAACCAAAUUCAGUUGAAAAUUUAAGAUGUUCAAAUGUGAUAUUUAACAUUAACAAAACUGUAAGUGAAAAACUCGCGAUUAAAGAUGGAUUGUUCAGAUUUGAUAGUCUACAUCCAAAAGUCAAUUUUUCCGAAAUUCGUGUUCGUCUUUCUAGCCUUAAGUUACUCCAAAUACCAAUUUUCAGAAGGAAUAAUAGCAACUCAAUUCAUCACCAAUGGCCACCAGAAUGGACCUUUUGUCCCGGAAUCUCCAGUCAGUUACAUAUUUGAUUCCAAGUUAUUAAGCCAUCCAAUAUCGGCAGCUGAUUUGUCAACAGUUGGUUCAGCCAGUUUUUUUCAAGAUGAUAAUGUUCAACAAAUGAUACCAUUGCAAGAUGAGGUGGGAAAGACAAUUGCCAAACAAAUAUUACAAUCGUUUCAAGUGCGAGAUGAAGAAUCUGAAGAAAUUGAUUCUAAUGGCCAAAGUGGAAAUGGCGGGUUUAAAAUUGUCCAAAUGAAAGAUGGUCUUCCCAAAGGAGCAAUUUUGAUUUACCGAGAUGUCGAUGGUAAAGAUGCUGGUUCAAUCUUUAAGAGUCUGGGUAAAACAAAUGAAGUUAAUAAGUACAACAAUGAUGAUAGUGAUGACGAUAAUGAAAACAUUGGAUCCAUUGAGUCUUCCAAACCAGGAACUUCUUUGAUUAAAAAAAUAAUCAGAGGUGGAAAUGGUGAGUUGACUGAAAUUGGUUGGAUUGAAGACGGUGGCCACAAAAAACACGGUUGGAAAAAUGUAUACCAUAAAGAUGAGUCGAAAGAUUCCAAACCUAAAUUUAAUUUCUUCAAGAGGAAGGAUUGGAAAGCAAGAUUUAAGAAUAAUGAAAAUUUGUUGAAGAAACAUUUUAUGAAAAAGAAGAAAGGUAAAAAUCAACGAAAAAAACGUCUUCUUAAAAGCAAAGUGAAACCUGAGGAAGAUCGAGAUAAUGACGACAGAAUACCGAUUGGUAAUGGAAACAGGAUUCCUCAGAUCCUUUGGAGUUAUUUAUCAAACCAGAAUGGACAAGAUAAUCUACCAAUAGAAGAAUUGAAAAUAUCCAAAGUUUAAUUUUACAUUUAAGUCUUCAUUUUCGAUUUUUAUGUUAAUACCAAGGCUUAUUAUGAAUAAACGGUGCUGAUGAAAAAAUAAAAGAGUUGACUAAUUUAUCAUUUCA